AUGCGGCCCAACGAUGGUGCGGCCCAUUCUGCAGCCCAUCCUACGGUGCCUGCCUUCUACACCUCAAAGCCCACAAGCUUGCAGGCCCCUGGCGGUACCCGAUGUCCAAGGUGCUGCAUCGGCCUCGUCACUGUCUGCCCCGGCCUCACCGUGGUGGGCGCUGCGCCGGCCCCGACCACCCGCACCAGCGUCCCCAACUACCUCUCCCUUCUAUCCGGCGACAAAGCCGCGUUCGCCGUGCUGGACGCCGUCGAGAGCGCCACCGGGUGCCUGCCGCUGGUUCACAUCGACGACGUCUGCCGCACUGAGCUGUUCGCCGUCGAGGAGGGCGCGGCCGCGGGGAGGUACGUCUGCUGUGGCCUCAACACGACCAUCGCCGAGCUCGCGCGUUUCCUGGCGGACAAGUACCCGCAGUACGGCGUCAAAACGAACCUCUCCGGCGAGCGGCUUGAGAAGCCGAGAGUGUGCCUGUCGUCGGCGAAGCUGGUGAAGGAAGGUUUUAUACUAUAG